GAAACACCGGUAAAAAAAAGAAAAGGAAAAUCCAGCGAAAAGAGGAGAGAGAAAGAUUUGUAUUCACUUUCGACUUUCGUGGCUUUCAGAGAGACAUAGAGAGAAAGAGAGAGUGAAAUGAAAACACCAUUUUCUCUCUCUUCAUAAUAAUUUGAAUCGAAAGAGGGAAAAAUCGAUCUGAGAAAUAGCUAGGGUUUCUGAAUUUUUUUUUGGAUUUGGUUUUUUGAAAUUAGUGAUUUGAAGAUGUAUAAUUAAUUAUUUCCGGAGUUGAAUUUGCGAUCUCAAGAAUUAGGUUUAGGUAAAAUUUUAAUUUUGUUAUUAAGUUUGAAAAAUUUUGUGGAGAAAGAUGGAGGUAGAUUCGUCUUCGUCAAUGGAGAACGAUCAAGAUCCUUCAUUAUCAACACAGAGCAACAACAACAACAACGUUAUAUCUUCAUCUUCUUCACCUGCUUCAUCUUCGCAAUCUUCAUCUUCUCAAACGACGUCGUUGUCGUCUUCUUCUUCUCCGAUGGAGAAAGAUGGAGAGCAACAACAACAGCAACAGCAGCAACGACAACAACAGCAGCAGCAGCAAGGACAGAUAGUUGGACCUCGGUGUGCGCCAAGUUAUUCGGUGGUAAAUGCGAUAAUAGAUAAGAAAGAGGAUGGAGCUGGGCCGAGGUGUGGCCAUACUUUGACAGCGGUUCCGGCGGUCGGGGAAGAAGGUAGUCCAGGUUAUAUUGGGCCUAGGUUGAUCCUUUUUGGUGGUGCUACUGCUCUUGAAGGAAAUUCUGCUGCCGCCGGAACUCCGUCUUCCGCUGGAAGUGCUGGCAUCAGACUAGCGGGCGCCACAGCAGAUAUUCAUUGUUAUGACGUGUUAACCAAUAAGUGGUCUAGGAUAGCUCCAAUUGGAGAGCCUCCCACGCCAAGGGCAGCUCAUGUAGCCACUGCUGUUGGCACUAUGGUGGUUAUACAGGGCGGUAUUGGUCCAGCUGGUUUGUCUGCUGAGGAUCUACAUGUUCUUGACCUUACGCAACAAAAGCCACGUUGGCAUAGGGUGGUUGUUCAAGGCCCCGGACCUGGGCCACGUUACGGGCAUGUAAUGGCUCUUGUGGGACAAAGGUAUCUUAUGUGCAUUGGUGGGAAUGAUGGAAAGCGGCCAUUGGCAGAUGUUUGGGCAUUAGAUACUGCGGCAAAACCUUAUGAAUGGAGGAAACUAGAACCUGAAGGUGAAGGUCCGCCUCCAUGCAUGUAUGCAACAGCAAGUGCACGUUCUGAUGGUCUUCUUCUACUCUGUGGAGGGAGGGAUGCCAACAGUGUGCCAUUGGCAAGUGCUUAUGGACUUGCUAAGCAUAGAGAUGGUCGGUGGGAAUGGGCAAUUGCUCCUGGUGUUUCGCCAUCUCCUAGAUAUCAGCAUGCUGCAGUUUUUGUCAAUGCACGACUGCAUGUUUCUGGAGGUGCACUUGGUGGUGGGCGUAUGGUGGAAGAUUCAUCCAGUGUCGCAGUGUUGGAUACAGCUGCAGGUGUUUGGUGUGAUACAAAGUCAGUAGUUACUAGUCCAAGGACUGGUCGUUACAGUGCUGAUGCUGCUGGUGGAGAUGCCUCUGUUGAGUUAACAAGGCGGUGUAGGCAUGCAGCUGCUGCAGUUGGUGACCUAAUUUUUAUAUACGGUGGUUUACGUGGUGGUGUGCUACUUGAUGAUUUACUUGUCGCUGAAGAUCUUGCUGCUGCUGAGACCACAACUGCGGCCUCACAUGCUGCAGCUGCCGCUGCUGCUUCCAAUUCCCCGCCAGGAAGAUUGACUGGAAGGUAUGGUUUUGCUGAUGACAGAAUACGGGAGAAUGAUCCUGAAUCAACUCCUGAUGGUUCAGUUGUGCUGGGGAACCCUGUCGCUCCCCCUGUAAAUGGUGACAUGUACACAGAUAUAAGUCAUGAAAAUGCGAUGCUGCAAGGAAGCCGGAGGCUUAGCAAAGGAGUCGAGUAUUUGGUUGAAGCCUCAGCAGCAGAAGCAGAGGCUAUCAGUGCUACAUUAGCUGCUGCCAAAGCACGGCAAGUUAAUGGUGAAGUAGAACUUCCAGAUAGGGGCGAUCGUGGUGCUGAAGCGACACCUAGUGGGAAGCUGAUUCCAACUAUGAUCAAACCCGACUCUUCAUCAAAUAUUACCCCUCCGCCAGGGGUUAGGCUCCAUCACCGAGCUGUGGUUGUAGCUGCAGAAACUGGUGGAGCUUUGGGUGGCAUGGUUAGACAGCUUUCUAUUGAUCAGUUUGAGAAUGAAGGCAGGCGCGUUAGUUAUGGAACCCCAGAGAAUGCUACUGCCGCAAGGAAACUACUUGAUCGGCAAAUGUCCAUCAAUAGUAUCCCAAAAAAGGUUGUAGCACAUCUUCUGAAACCUCGAGGUUGGAAACCUCCCGUUCGCCGACAGUUUUUCUUGGACUGCAACGACAUAGCAGAUCUAUGUGACAGUGCUGAACGAAUUUUUGCAAGUGAACCAAGUGUCCUUCAACUCAGAGCUCCUAUUAAAAUCUUUGGUGAUUUGCAUGGACAGUUCGGGGAUCUUAUGCGACUUUUUGAUGAAUAUGGUUCUCCAUCAACGGCUGGGGACAUAGCAUACAUCGAUUAUCUCUUCUUAGGAGACUACGUAGACCGAGGACAACAUAGCUUGGAAACCAUUACGCUUCUGCUAGCAUUGAAGGUUGAGUAUCCUCUUAAUGUACAUUUGAUUCGAGGAAAUCAUGAAGCUGCCGAUAUCAAUGCCCUUUUUGGCUUCAGGAUUGAGUGCAUUGAGCGCAUGGGUGAAAGAGAUGGUAUCUGGGCGUGGCAUCGGUUCAAUAGAUUAUUCAAUUGGCUUCCUUUGGCAGCUCUUAUCGAGAAGAAAAUUAUUUGUAUGCAUGGUGGUAUUGGACGCUCAAUUAAUCAUGUGGAACAGAUUGAGAACAUUCAGCGCCCUAUUACAAUGGAAGCUGGCUCAAUUGUUCUUAUGGAUUUGUUAUGGUCGGAUCCAACAGAAAAUGACAGCGUGGAAGGAUUGCGUCCAAAUGCCAGAGGUCCUGGUUUGGUCACAUUCGGGCCUGAUCGUGUCAUGGAGUUCUGCAACAACAACGACCUUCAGUUGAUUGUACGUGCACAUGAAUGUGUCAUGGAUGGUUUUGAGCGGUUUGCUCAAGGGCAUCUAAUUACUUUGUUUUCAGCUACCAACUACUGCGGUACUGCAAAUAAUGCAGGAGCUAUCCUGGUAUUAGGGAGGGAUCUGGUGGUGGUUCCAAAACUUAUUCAUCCUCUGCCUCCAGCGAUUUCAUCACCGGAGACUUCACCAGAGCGUCAUAUUGAAGAUACUUGGAUGCAGGAGCUCAAUGCAAACCGACCACCAACACCGACUAGAGGUCGACCUCAAGUUGCAAAUGACCGAGGUUCUCUUGCUUGGAUCUAAUAGAAUAUAUUUGGUUGAUCAUUCAUUUGGAUCAUGCUUCCGCUCGGGGGUUUUGGCAUUUGGUAUAGCAGGAUGCUGUAUAUAGAAUGUCCUGAACUCAUCAACACUUAGGCCAUGACAAUUUUGAAGACCAUCCUCUUGGAGUAAAGCACACAUUCGGAUGUCUUCAAUUGAAGAUGCGUGUUGUAUGGAUCUCAGCACGAUUGGCAGUUCAAUCUCUUAGAAUGUGGUAUAAGAGCUGCCAGCAUGGGUAUCCUAGGGAGUUAGCCCUUGUACAUUUGAUCAAAUAUGCUGGUGGAAAGUCCAAAGUCUGGGUUUUUUCUUUAGUCAGGUCGAUAGUUUUGGGUAUUCUUCUGAUUAGUUCUUUUCUUAAAUUUUUUUUUGGGCGUUUUUGAUCCUUAAUUAGGGUGUAUUUGUCACAAGUUGGGUGUAUGCUAUUGGUGGUGAGGUAACAUUUUAUCAAAAUCCAUGGUGAGAGAUGUCUUUGUAUAAUAGAGGUGAUGUUUGUGUAAUUUUUCUAUGUAACUUAUUUCUCUUCAGAGGUAUGAAAGUCUUUUUGCCUAACAAAGAAUGAAAAACUGCAGUUCAUUUC